AUGGACUACCAUGUGCAGGUACUGGGAGGAAUGGGGAGGUAUAGCCCCGCGUACAGCCCCCCGAGGAGAGGAUACGGCGGCAGGGGAAGGAGCCCGCCUCCGAGGAGAGGCUACGGCGGUGGCCGUGGUGACCAUGGCUCUGUCAGCCUCCUGGUCCGCAACAUUCCAUUGAGAUGCAGGCCUGAGGAACUCCGUGUCCCUUUUGAACGGUUCGGCCCUGUUCGGGAUGUUUACCUGCCAAGAGACUAUCAGACUGGGGAGCCAAGAGGGUUUGGAUUCGUGGAGUUUGUUGAUGCUUAUGAUGCUUCUGAGGCGCAGUACCACAUGAACCGUCAGAUGUUUGCUGGGCGUGAAAUAACUGUUGUACUUGCUGCGGAUACACGGAAAAGGCCUGAGGAAAUGCGUAGACGACCUGGACCAAGAGGUUAUUCUGGUCAUGAAGGGCGUCGUCCUUAUCGCCAUGGACGGUCUCGUUCUCGUUCAUACUCGCGUUCCCGCUCACCACGCCGCCGUGGCCGUGGUAGAUCACAGUCAUACUCCCCUGCCCCGAAAAGGCGUGAUGACUACUCUGCUUCCCCACCCCGGGCAAAGGAAGAGCACCCGAGGUCAUCAAAACAGCCUAAAGAAAAUGACAGGGAUAAGAAGAGGAGAUCCUAUACUCCCGAUGAUAGAAAUGAUCGCCGUGGUGCAGACAACGGUCAUGAUGAGAGGAAGAGGUCCCCAGCAGGCGAGGAGGACGAGGAGCCUCGGCGUGGUCGCCGCAGGUCGCCCCGACCAGCAUCCAUGUCGCCUCCAGGGUCGCGGUCAAGGUCGGCGUCGCCUGCUAUCAGCGGCUGA